ACCAGCUGUUGUGGGUGACAGAUGUGCUUUCUGUGCUUACUCGCGUAGUUCGAUUGAUAAACUUCGACUGUGCGUGAUUGUUCGGAACUAUCGUGUGGUUUUUGUUUCUUUAUGGAUUGAUAAGAUUAAAUUGUAAUACCAUGGAAGAGAUUACCAAGUACAUCGUAAUCAUAGCAUCGCUAAUGACCGUCAAGCUGACAGUUACGGAGAGCAAAAACGAGACGAAGCCCAAAAUUGAUAGACGGCACUACCAAAUGCCAAUCUUCAUCAAUGUCUGCGACAUAGUCGAUAGGAGGUCCAAAGUACAUUGCUACUGCGACAAUAAUAAGCCGAAAUUGGCAACGAGAGCUGACUGCUGGAUUUUCGGUGGAGGAUUAACCGAGGACGACCCGAUUUGGCCUAGUUUUACUUCACAGUCUGAAAUAGAACACCUCAUGUUCAAUGUUCGGACCGACGACGCUCUAACAUUCAUACCUGCUAAAGCCAUAGUGCGACUCGAUAGACUUAAACACCUGUCAAUACAAUUCGGAACAAUCAAAACAAUUUACCCGUACGCUUUCACAAAUUCAUCAACCAUAAGACAGCUUGUUCUGAAAUCAAACAAGAUCGCAAACUUGGAGAAACACUCCUUCGCACAAAUGAUGAUGCUGUCUAAUCUAAGUUUGGAUGACAACCAAAUAUCUGAACUGAAGAUGGAUGUGUUCUUCAACCUACCAAAUCUACAUAUUCUACAUCUAUCGAACAACAAUAUAAGUUUAAUCCACGAAGGAUGUUUCAAACACCUUAACAAUCUGGUCGAACUGAAAUUGGAUAACAAUUACAUAUCGGUAAUAAUACGAGAGAUGCUAGCUGGAUUGGAAAACCUUUCUCGAUUGAACUUAAUAAACAAUAAGUUGGAAAUGAUUGGAAACUUGGCCUUCACUGAGCUGUGGGGCUUGAAAGAAUUGAUGUUAGAUAAUAACGCAAUAGAAUUUAUAUCGGAGAGAGCAUUUGGUGGGCUCACACAAUUAAGGAAACUGACUCUAUCUGGAAAUAAAUUGACAACGUUUUACGAGUAUAUACUUGAAGAUAUGCGAAGUCUUAUUGUACUUGAUUUGAGGGACAACCUUUUAACGACGAUGUCUUAUGAAACAAUAAGGCCCGUUGUGGAAAAUGAUAAAUCUCUUUCAUCUGUGGUAUACUUAGAUGGUAACCCUCUUAGCUGUAAUUGCCGUCUAUCGUGGAUUUACGCGCUGCGCAACGAGACUCAGGACAAUACAAUGAGGCGAGCUCUUGAAAAAAUAUCGUGUGUACCGGAACCGACUAACGAAAGGCGAGUAAGUGAUACGAAAGAUGACGAAGAAGACAACUCUAAUGUUUUAGCCGAUGACAAUUACGAAUACUAUGAUAAAGGCGAAGAAUACAAUGAUAAAGAAAAGAAUACCAAAGUAAGUAAAGCGGUUAAGUUGACAGAUAUCCCAUUAGAGGAACUUCCUUGUCCUAAGGAAUUAAUGCAAUCGAUAGAGGAAACUUACGGGCAUCCGGUUCAGAACGAAAUUAGAUUAAAAGGCGUCUCAAAGGUCGGAAGAGAUUUAUUAUUAUCUAGUUUUCUUUUCAUUGUAAGCUUACUGAUUGUAAUCUAAGUUUUGAAAUGUUUAAGCAAAAGACAAUGUUUGUGAUAUUAGAUAUUAAAAUUCGCAUAUCUCUCUAGCUGAUAACUGUGUUAUUUAAUAUUGUAAAAAUUGUUAAGUGUUAAAUAAAAUAGUUAAUUUAACAAAAUAUCAAUGGCGAAAUCUAUUGUACAUAUAAGAUUAAUUGUCGGCUAUAAUAUUAAUUGCUAUUAAUAUAAUUAAUAUCUUCUGUAUAUUUUAUCUUCUCAAGUUGACCGAAAUGUAUAAUAAUACGAUAUUUGAAUAAAUUAUUAUGGAAAUUGUACAAAAAUAAGACUUUAUCAUAUCUUCUGGAUAAUAUAUUUUGAUUCGUAACGUAAUUGUGAUUAUAAAGCAGUGUUUAUCAAAUACUAUAUAAUUAUAAUUGUGAAGUUAUCCUAAAUAUUGCCAAAACACUUUACUUUUUCUUAGAAGACGUACCUGUAGAUUUCUUUUUACGGUACGAUAAGAAACCUGUAAUGUGGAAAUUGUGACUAUAUUAGAGUAAGUAAAACGAUAAGAACAUUCGAUUUGAAUUAUUAAAACAAUUGUUUCCUUUAAAUCCGUUGGUGUGACCAAAAUUGUUUUAAAAUAUCAUAAGUCAUUAUUGGAAUACUGGGAACGCUUAAAAAUGCAGAGUUAAUUUUAUUUAGUCUUAUAAUUUUCUAUUUAUAAUAUAUAAUUAUGUAAAAUGGGUUUAUGUAAAAAAGUGCUAAGAAAUUUUAUCCUAAGUAAUUACUUAAAGUUUAAAAUCAGACCAUCUGCGUUUGUUUGUUUAUUUGAAAGCACACCUCUCACUAAGUGAUGAACGGUUUAUAUUCAAGUCACUUUUUAUUUCAGAAAAGGUUUAUAUCUUCAUAAUAAUAAGUAGCUUUACCGGUUAAGGAAAAUUAUCUGCAUUCCUGAAAACUCCCCAUAAUAAUCUCAAAUGAUCUGCUAAUCCGCAAUUGGCUAGGAUGGUCUAUGGCCUAUGGCCUAAACCAUUCUCAUUCUGAAAGACCCGUGCGAUUCAAUAGCGUGCCGACAGUUAUUUUAUCUUUCUCUGUAUUGAAUAAACUCAUCCAUGACCAAGUUUAUUGCUGACCAAGUUUUACAGACCAUAUUACUUGGGAAGCAACGAGUUUAAUAAUAAAUGAAAUGGGAAAACUUUUGUCGCAAGCCCCGUGUCUAAGUGAAAAUAUGAAAAUAUGUCGCCUCGCUGAUAAUAUUUAAAAGGCUAACGAAAUUGUACGACCACAUAAAAUACGUUAAAACUCCUCCCAGGAAUUUUCCGUUCAUAUUUUUUUGUUCAGUUUUUAGGGUUUCGUACCUCGUAAUGGAAAACGCAAGGAACCCACAUAUAAUCACUUUGUUUUCCGUCCGCCUGUCUGUCUUGUCUCUAAAAGGUACUUUAAUUAGAACGGUUUCAGGUAAUAAGGUGCUAUCAAUGCAAGAGUCUAACCUAAUUCUGAUUGUUACUUAUAAAACAGUUUUAAAAAUCAGGUUUCUAGUACUGUUCAUAGGUAUGCAAUAUGCAUACUAAAAUGAGCUGUCAGUGAGUGGAACUCACUGACAGCUCAUAAAAACCUAUAGGACACUUGCUAAUACUUUGAAAGGCUUGAAGGUAGGUAAAUAACAAGUGCAAGAGUCUGAAAAUCAUUACUUUCAAAUCCCGUGUUUAUAGUUUACAAUAAUAUGCAAAGAUACCUAUUUACUACGAAAUUAUCAGGCCAUAAUUUUUAUUAGCUCUUGACCAUCUUUUUACCAAUAAUAGGAUGCCAAUGCUGUCCGUCUGGCUAUCGGUCUGUCAGUCUGUCUGUGGGCUGUAUCUCAGUAACCGUAAUAAGAAGACAGUUGAAAUUUUCACAAAUUUUGUUUUACCAUUGCCAAUAUAACAACGAAUAAGUAGCUAAUAAAAAUUUCGAAAUGGCUGCCAUGUAAAUUAAAAAAUUAAAUAAUCUUGUACGAUGGUACGGAACCCUAUGUGUGCAGUCUGACUUGAACUUGGCCGGUUUUUGUAAUAUAUAGGCGUGUGACACCCAUUUCAUUAUCAUGGAUUUGUGCUCCCAAUAUAGGUUUUUAAUGAAAAAAGGUACAAUAAAACGGUUUCUUCGUUAUUGAAACGUUUUUAAAGGAUGUCGUAUUUCAUUUUCCAGACACUUGAUUUAAGAAAUAUUCUUAAACAAGAACCACAUUACAACAAAGCAAAAUUUAAUAGUUAAAAAAUAUUAUUUAAUAAGUCUAUGGUUAAAAAUAUAUUUCUCGUAAAACCAGGAUUUCAACAGAAGUAACCCUAACGUGCUUCCCAGAGCUAUCCACACAAACGUAGUUUGGUUCUAAUUUGAAUAAUAACUAAUCAAACUAAGUGAAACUUUGAAGACAAGUUCUAAAAACAAAUAUCUGUCUGUCUGUAGUUUCCCUUUCUCUAAAAAUUCUAUUAUAUUCAACAUCAUCAGUCCACCGGCUCAUUAAUGAGCACGGGUCGCGCUUCAGAAUAAGAAGAUUUUUUUUAAAGAAUAUUAGCCAUGCUAAUCGUGACUACUACUCCCCUAUUCCCUCCAAUUAAGCGUAAAGCUUGUGCCAGGAGUCGGUUCGGUGAGUGGGGUUUGAACCGCCGACCUUUCGGAAUUCAGUCCGCUCCUCAACCGUUAAGCUAUCGAGGCUCAUGGUCAUAGCCUACCACACUGGCUCAGUGUAGAUGGAUUGUCAACAAAGAUAAAUUACCUAAUAAAAAAUUCACGAAGUCAAUAAAAUAUAAUUAUUUGGUAGCAGAAAAGAAUCGUUAUAUUUAUUUACUAUCUGCACAUUGUUGAUUAUAAUAGUUAUAAUGUAAUGUUCCAUUAUCUAAAUGAAGGUCUAGUCAUUCCAUAAGUUCCAUAGUCCAUAUACUUAAAGUUUUUAUGUAUUUCAAUAUAUGGGUAUACUUCAGUUCUCCUUAGUUUACUUAAAAUGUAAACAAAUAGCUUCUCGGUUAAAUUCGUAUGAGGUGUAACUUAUUAUGCGGCCCAUACAACCUUACUAUCGCGAACUGGCAAUGGAAACCACCCUUUAAGCAAACUAAGGAAAAAGGACUAUACAAUAUUAUGUGUGCAACUUAGUAUGUAGCAUAAAUAUUAUGUUUCUUUAACACAACGAAUUGUACAAAAUGUAUUUAUUUGUAACAACAUAGAUUUCUCCUAAUACCAUUACAUUGUUGUGAAUAGUUCUGACUUCUGUUAUAAUAAAUAUUUCUACCCGUG